GCAGGGGUUAAUUCUUCUACAGGAGCUCUCCGCCCUCUUAGGGGAAGAGACUUUUCCACUUUCGGUUCCUGCUCCUCCGUACCACAAUGGCGUCUGCUGAUCUGAGGGACGAGCUGGACUGCUCCAUCUGCCUGAGCCUGUAUACAGACCCCGUAUACCUGAGAUGUGGACACAACUUCUGCCGCUCGUGUAUUGUGAGUGCGCUGGAUGCGCAGGAGGCAGCUGGAGUGUAUUCCUGUCCUGACUGCAGAGCAGAAUAUCCGGGGCGUCCGGCCCUGGAGAAGAACAGGAAGCUGGGGAACAUAGUGGAGCGUUUCUUAUCUGCUCGGCCUGAUAUGGAGGAGACCGGGAUCUUCUGUACUUACUGUACUAAGUCUCCUGUGCCGGCUGUGAGGACAUGUCUGCAGUGUGAGGCCUCGUUCUGUGGAGAACACUUGAGUAGACACAGUAAGUUACCAGAACAUACUUUGGUUGAACCCACUGCAACCCCGAAGAAAAGAAAAUGCUCCACACACAAGGAGGUGCUGAAAUACUAUUGUCUGAUGGACGCUGCCUGUAUCUGUGUGUCCUGCUGGGUGGCCGGAGACCACAAGGGACAUGACGUGGAGCUACUGGACGUGGCCUCUGAGAAGGAGAAAGAGAAGCUGAGGAAAUAUCUGGAGGAACUAAACCCACAGAAAGCAGAAAUUCAGACGAAACUUCAGAAUCUGCAGGAUCGUCAGAGGAAUAUCCAGAAGAAGGCCUCUGAUAAGAGGAAGAACGUCAGGAAGUUAUUUAUGGACAUUAAGAAACAACUAGAAGUGGCAGAAAAUAAAGCGCUGAGCGAGAUCUCCAGGCAGGAGGAGAAGAUUGUGUCCCAGAUAUCUGAUCUGAUGAAGAAGCUGGAAAUAGAGGAGGACGAGCUGUCCAGGAAGAUGCGUCACGUGGAGGAGAUGUGUCAUGUCACCGACCCAAUAAGACUCCUACAAGAAAGUGACAUUACAGUAUGUGGUCAUGUAGAUGAUGAGGAUACAGGGGGAGAUGGUGGAGAGGGCAGGUCUGAGGAUGGUCUGGAUGAGGUUCUGAUCUCACUGACCUUACACCGAUCUAUGAGGGAUAUUGUCACCAAUGUCACAUCAGAGCUCGGGCUCCAUGUUCCAGACAUAUUGCUGGAUGAGGACACUGCUCAUAGACGUGUGAAGAUAUCAGAAGAUCUGAAAACAGCAACAAGAACAGAAGAAGAACAGAACAGACCAGAAUCACCGGGAAGGUUCCUGUAUUAUCCCCAGGUGUUAAGCAGAUGUGGCCUCUCCUCAGGAAGACAUUACUGGGAGGUAGAGUGGAACCAGAAAGGAGAAUGUAACAUCGGAAUGUCCUAUCCCAGUAUAAAAAGGAAAGGAGAUGAGUCUGGUAUUGGACUUAAUGAUAAAUCUUGGUGUCUGGGUAUGUCUGGUGCAGGAUGUGGAGUGUAUCACCGCUCAGUCGCAUCCCCCCUCAGUGUAGAUACAACAUGUCGUAGACUUGGGGUCUUCUUAGACUAUGAGGCCGGGCGUCUGUCCUUCUAUCGGCUGUGUGACCCCAUCAGACACUUACACACCUUCACCGCCUCCUUCUCUCAACCCCUACAUGUUGUCUUCUGUUUGUGGCCUGGAGCCUCUGUUAGAAUAAUAAGCUGAGGCCAAUGCGUCCACGUCCCGUUAUAAUCUCCGCCUAUAAGUCACUAUAUAGCGCUGUAUGGGGGAUAAGAUGCGGUUUUCCACUGAAAAGGGUGAAAUCCGCAGAUAAAACCACAAACAUAACUGACAGGCCGCAGAUCUGGGAAUCCGCAUGGAAAUAAUCGGCGAAGUGUACGUGAUCGGGGUAAUCUCAUACACUUUGCUGGUGCUGUAAUUAGUUACGGUUUUUCCACAUGGGAAUUCGCGUGGAAAGACUGAGCGUAUUCCGCAACGUGCGCAGAUGGCCUUCGGGUACAAGUGGACGGUGCGUAUUACCUGCUGGUUUUCCAGAGUGAAAUAAUACCGCCUCAGCAGAUGGGAUUCUCAGUAUCUCAUCUACACGGAGCGGAAGUUUCCUGCGUCAGGAGUGACCUGCGGAGCGGAUCCGGAGAUUUGCGGCCGGUGGAUUGUCCGUGUGGAUUUCUCCCUUUACAAUGCAGAGGGGGAGAUCUGGGGAAAUCCGUGUCAGGAUCUGCAGGUAACAGGUGUGGAUCCUGGAGCGGAGAUACACCGCCGAGUGCCCGUUCCUCAUGGGGGCAUCAUUAACCCUUCCCCGUCCUCCACUGAUGUCGCUGUAGGGGCUUCUUUAUGUUUCUGGGACACAUUUGGGGAACAUAUAAUUAUUAAUCAGCUUUUCCUAUUUCUGUAGAGAUGUGACAAUGUGACGCUUCUUUCCGCACUAUACGCGGCAUUUGUUGUGUUUUUUCCCUUUUUAUGGAA